AUGAACCCAAAUUUCCACACUGACGAACGAUUCAAUUCUUAUCUACAAUUCAUUCGACCCACGUCCCGCCCCAACAACGACAACAACAACAGCAGCAAAGAUAAGAGGACAACCGGUUUACACAUUAGCACGGAUCCUCUUGGUAUCUCCUAUCACGAUAAUCAUUCGUCUGCUCCUAAUCAAAAAGACGAUGCCUAUUACGCUGACAUCUUUAAGCGACUCAACUUUCCCCAUGAUCGCCAAACCACGGGAAAGGCAAGCAGCAGCAGUAGUAGUAAUGGCAACCGAUAUCCAUUGUCAUCAUCCAUGCCGCAGCAGCAACAACAGCAGCAGAAUCGAACCUCUCCAAACCAACAUGAACGUCGUCGCACAUCUACCACCGAACCAGCACUCUCACAAUCCCCAUCACCUUCAUCAUCCUCAUCAUGCGCGUCACCCGUACUUUCACCAUUCCCACGUACGCGUGAGAUACCCCGUAGCAAAUGCCAAGUCAUUCGGCGUCGUGGAUCAUCCAUGUCCUCAAGUAGUUGUGUGAGUGCCAAAUCGUGGGACCAUAUCAAGUCACCUGCUGCCUCAUUUCUUGCAAGUUUUGCAUCACCUACUGCUGCCACAUCAGGCAUAGCUCCUUUGGCAUUACAUGAAGAAGAGGAUGCUGGUGAUGAGAUUGAUGACUAUGUUCUCGAAAAGAUCAUUGGCUAUGGUGGAUUUUCAACGGUGCGUAGUGGCUAUUGUAUCUCGGAUGGACACAAGGUGGCUGUCAAGGUUAUCAAAAAGAGUUGCAUGAGCGAUGCUGAUUUGCAACGUUUGGAGCGUGAAUUGGAUCUCUGGAAGUCCUUGGAUCAUGAACAUUUGGUGACCAUUGAGAAGUUACUGGAAACGGAUCAUGCCAUGUAUGUCGUAUGCAGCUAUUGCAGUGCUGGCUCUUUGCGUGAUUGGAUGAAGCGCAAGCAAUCCGUCACUGAAAAUGAAGCACGUGUGGUUGUUCAGCAAUUGUGCAGUGCAUUGCAAUACCUUCAUGAAGAAGCACGCGUAUGUCACAAGGAUGUCAAACUUGAAAAUGUCUUGCUGGAUGAGCAUAAUCGUGUACGUCUUUGUGACUUUGGUCUCUCGGUCUAUAUACAACCUGUAACGACACCACCACCCACACCUAUGGGAAUCCAAUCACCCUCAUCAUCAUCACCCAAUGAAUUGGACGAGGCAGGUGGAUCAUUGGCAUACGUGGCCCCUGAGCAGGUACGUUCUCGAUACAUGUUGCCUUGCCCAAAGACCGAUAUGUGGUCUUUGGGCGUCCUGCUGUAUGCCAUGGUCGUCGGCAAAUGUCCUUUUGAAGAUGAUUAUGACGCACGCUUACAACAAAAAAUCCUUAAUGGUACGUUCCACAUGCCUGAUUUCUUGUCCAAUGAGCUGCAGGCCUUGUUGCGUAACUUGUUGCAUCAGGAUCCCAAAACACGGUACACCGCUCGUCAAGUCUUGCAGUCAGAUUGGUGUGGUUGUUCAGCUUAUUAA